UCUACGGGAAACUUGACUCCUCCGGGUAAGGGAGGGCUCUUUCCUACCUCCUGGGGCGCUUAUAAACCUCAGCCCCUGAGGCGCCUGCAGGCUGCAGCCCACCUCCUAGCCCCGGUCAGCUCUGUGAGGACUUCUGCUCCAGGGUCCCAAUGGCUGCUGAGCCACUGACUGAGCUGGAGGCAGCCAUCGAGACUGUGGUGACCACCUUCUUCACCUUUGCAGGGCGGGAGGGCCGCAAGGGCAGCCUCAGCAUCAAUGAGUUUAAGGAACUGGUCACUCAGCAGCUGCCUCACCUGCUCAAGGAUGUGGGCUCCUUAGAUGAGAAGAUGAAGAGCUUGGAUGUGAAUCAGGACUCAGAGCUCAAGUUCAACGAGUACUGGAGACUGAUUGGGGAGCUGGCCAAGGAGAUCAGGAAGGAGAAAUCCCAGGAGAUUCGGAAGAAGUAAAGUCAGCUCAAUGGGAUGGGAGGCAGGGCAGGGCUGGGCAGGACCAGGCAGAACCCCACUCCUCCCAAAUAAAACUUCUUCCUUGAAACACAGAUGUUU